UGCUUUAGUCUCUAAAGUAUAUCCCUCCCCGUCCCUCCCUGUCCCUCCCAUCCUAUUGGGCGUUGCCGAGCUGACUAUAAAACUUUGGAUUGACUGGGACUGAGCCUCUGCACUCUUUCCUGAUCAUCUCAAACUUCUGCCUCUUCUUGUCCUGCACCCACUUCUGCAGCCAUGACUGAGUUGGAGAAAUGCAUGGAAUCCCUGAUUGUCAUUUUCCAUCGCUAUGCCGUUCAAGACGGUGAUGGAAAGACCUUAAGCAAGAAAGAGCUCAAGAAACUAAUUGAGGAGGAGUUACCCACCUUUAUGAAGACCCAGAAGAACCCCAAAACUGUUGACUGCAUCAUGAAAGAUCUGGACCUGAACAAAGAUGAUAAGCUGGACUUUGAGGAGUUUCUUCCCCUCGUCGUUGGCCUCUCGAUGGCCUGUGAGAAGUGCUACACACUGCAUGAAAAGAAGGGCAAGAAGUAAUGGGCAGAUGUUAAUGUUGAUUUUUUUUUUUUUUAAUUAAAGUAAUAGAGUUUUGUAGCACAGAUAUGUGCCAGAUUCAUAAGUAAAAGCUACAUUUGACAAGA